AUGCCCAGGCCUCCGAAGCCGUCCGCAAAAGUCGACAUCUCAGAAUCCGAACGCCUCCCCGUCCACCCCCGCCGGAAAAAGGUUCCAGCUGAGGAGAGGAAGCGCGUGGCCACGGCCUGCAACCGCUGCAAUGUCAAGCGCAUCAAGUGCAGCGGCGAGAGCCCCUGCCGCCAGUGCUCGGCCUCGCAGCGGCCAUGUCAGUACCCGGAGCCCAUCGAAAAGGUCCUGAUCCCCAGGGCCGAGCUGGAUGCUCUGCGCCGGAAGUGCGCGCUGUUCGAUGGCAUCUGGACGGCGACCAGCACGAUGACCUCCGCGACGACCUGCUGCACACCGACCAGGACGAGGGGAUGCUGUCCCCCUUCUCCGACCCCAUGGCCGGCUCAUCGCGCGACUGUCGGCAACGGUGGGAAGAUCCUCGCUGACACGGACGGCACCGAACGCUACCUGGGCGAGACGUCGGGCGCGACUUUUCUCGACCACUUGAAAUCGUUCAUCAAAACCAGCGGCACGUUUGCCUUUCUCGACCAGCCGCACGGCGUCUCGUUCGUGCAAUCCAUCGGCGUCUACCAGACGUACGAUUCUCGCCCGCUGCAGCUUCCCACAGGCAUCAACGCGCUGUGGCUGCCCUCCCAGCCCCAGAUGGCGGAGAUGCUGAACGACCUGACAUAUUUCAUCAACGACGGCAAUGGCCGCUUUCCGAGUGGCGGCAUCCUGUUCUGGCCCCUGCAAGACGCGGCCAGCAUCAUGGCCUCCGCUGCUGACCAGACGCCCCCGCAGACACACCGCGACCUCGCCUUGUACCACGCCGCGUUUGCCUUUGCAAGCCUGCUGCAGCUUACCGAAGUCAACUCCAAGGUCGAGGGCCAGCUGGGAGAGCCCUUCUUUGCGCGAGCCCGCAUGCUUUUGGGAAAUCCGCUCGACUUUACAUUACACUCGAGCGACGACGCGGUCGUGCUGGCACUGAUGGCGCUGUACCUGGUCGAGAACAACCGCAGAGACGCCGCAUAUAUAGCUAUCGGCAACGCUAUGCAGGUGAGUAUCAUGCACGGCACCCACCGGGGCCUCGUGGCCGACGAGGUGAAACGGAGGACAUUUUGGACCGUCUAUAUCCUUGAUAGGUGGUUGAGCUGUCUUCAAGGUCGGCCACCCGGGAUUCCGGAAGACGCUGUUCAGGUCCCUCUCCCGCAGCCGUGCUUUGGUCUGCCCCCGCCAGACGGGCUCCGAGCACACAUUGCGCUGUCGAGGAUCUCGGAUUUCAUUGUCCGCAACAGCUACCAGCCCCAGGCUCGUGAUGGACCCAACAGGGCAAUCAUGCACAUUGAAAGGGUGAUGCAGCAACUUUCAGAGUGGCUUGCUCACCUCCCAGACACUCUCAGACCUCCAGUUGUCCCCGAUAGCCCUGAUGUGGUUGAGGUGCCUCAAAUCACCGAUGCGCCCUCCCAAGUCGACGACCGUGCUUGCUGUGUCUUGCACAUGGCAUAUAACCAGGGACUCAAGCUCAUUAUCCUGACCAUCCGGCCCAUGUUCCUGGCAGCCGUCAAGAAGGCCGUCGCGGACGGGUUGAUCACGGGGCGGUGGAGCAUCGACGAACACCCGCACGUGGAGCGCAUCAAAGAGUGCGGGGAAGCGGCGCGCAGGAAUCUGAGGCUAGGUAGAUGGGUGCGCAGGAUCAGCCCGCGGCAGAAGCUGCUGCUGCAGGACCUGCACCACAUCUUCAACGGCGCCGUCAUCCUCAUGCUGCACCAGAUCGGCUUCGCCAACAUGCUCACGCGCGACUCGUACCUGAUCGAGUUCGCGCUCGAGGUCUUCGACCGGGAGGCGGCCACGGGGAGCAACUACGGGAAGGACUGCGUCAAGGUGCUCAGGGACCUGCUGGCUUUAGUCAGGAGGCUGCGUGCCCGCUUCUACGGCGACGAUCCUGACCUGCGCGGGCCGCUGCCGGGCGAGCAGGCAUUGAUGAGCCUGAGGAACAUGGCGCCUCCGCCGACGCAGGUCGACCCCGUCGACGUGGCCAUGAUGGACGCUUUAGGCUUCGACCCGGGCCAGCUCACCAUCGCCAACUUCCCGGAGCAGGUGCCGUUCCAGGAACACAGCUUAGACUUGGCGACGGUGCAGGAGAUUCUCAUGUGGUGGGGGCUGGACUACCAGCUGUCGUAUGGCGAUCCUCUUACAGUUUAUUGA